AAACCAAUGACAACAACAACAUGUGGUCAACACAUGACAUAUACCUAUAAUUUCUUUUAAUUGAUUACAAGUUAUAAUAACAAGACAACAACAAUGUUGGCCACGAUUAACACCAAUCUUAAGCCCCGAGAGGUUAUUGUCAACUGUUUGGAGGCCGGACUCGCAGAAGAUAAAGAAGUGAUUGUCAAACAUGAAAACCAAUUGAAAGAACUGCUCGUUUUGUCAAAUGAAGAGCCAGUUUUGGUACCACUUCUUGAACUGUAUUUUAAGGCCCGAAAAGCUGUGCCAUUGCAUGAUAUCUUAAGAGAUGUGUCACAACAGCUGAAUCCUUCAUUAUUGACAUCACUUGACGACCAAUUAAACAGAAUAUAUGGCAAAAACAUCAUUGAAUUACCAUUUGGACAAAUCAUUCAGUUGUGGCAACUUUUUAUCGACAAUUUCAAUGAAGACAAUGAAUUUUGGAUCAAAUUGUUUACUCAAUUCUUGCGUCAUAUCAGAUGUCUUGACGGCUGUAUUGCAAAUCAAUUUAUAUCUCAAACCAAUCAACUGAUGCGACAGACAAAACAAGUACUGAAGAAAACGGCAAAGAGUUUGCAAUCAAAUAAUCAAGAAUUGGUGAGCAAUUUACUCCAUGUCUACAAUGUUUUUGAAUCAUUAGUUAUCUUAAGAUUCAAUUACAAUGGAUAUAAUUUAUUAACGGAUAAGUCUAAUGAUAAUCAAAAUGUCAGACAAAGCAAUUGGUCUGAUUUGUCGAUAGUUUACGAUUUUACUGAUGAAAGUGUUUGGGAAAUAUUGUUUGAAAAUUUUGAACAAUUGGAUCAAAGUCUCAAACGAGUACUUAUUAAUUGUUUAUUUCAAAAGUUCCAGUUUUUUAAAUGUCUUCAAUUAAAUGGUCAGUUGACAACUGAAGAAGAAUCAAUUGUUAAAACAUCGAUUCAAGACUUGGUUUCACCAAUAAUGGCUAAUGUUUGCGAAAAUAAUUUGAUUGCAUUUAAUAUACAAGAAAUGAAUUCAAUAAUUAAUGACUUAAAUAGAGAUGAUUUCAGUCUCUUAACCAACACAUUGAUUGGUUCCGUUGUUUCGCAUUACGACACCAAUUGUGUUGCGGUUAAGACAUUGUUAAUGAAUAGCAAUGUUUGGCAAAACUUAUAUUUUCAGACGGCUUUUGUUACAUCGUUUUGUUCACAAAUUAGAUUUAAUUUGUCAAAUAAAAAACGAAAACUUGAUGAAGAUAUGUCUAAAUUGGACAUAAUUUUUGAGUCAAUCACAGACACUAGCAUUUGGUUUGAUUUUGCCAACUCUUCAUCUGAUUUGAAGAACUUACGACUUAAACUAUCGAUAAUAUGUCAACAUAUGGAAGAGUUAUUUGAGUCUAACGAUAAUUUGUCAAAGAAAGUAAAGAUAUCAACAGAUUUGAUGAAAUUGUUGACCGAUUGUCUGCCAUUAGAGUACUUAUUACCAGUAAAUCAAAUGCGAUGUUUAAUAUCAUUAUCUAUAUUAUUGGUUUGUAUUGAUUCAAACAAAUCAAAAGAUAUUAAAUUAGUUGAUCUUAUAUUGGAUUCAAUUAUUCGUAUUUUUGACGGCGCAAGAAGUGUUUGGUUAUUUUCAUACGUGAAUCCAUCGAAAUAUUUCAUUAGACUUUUAAAAUCAUUGACUAACUAUAAAAAUCAUGAAAAGUUAAUUAUAUUGAUUACAAAAUUAAUUAAUAGUUGUGGUAGAGAUUUGGAUCAAAUGCAAGAGUUAAAGACAACUUUAUCAGAGAGUGAAGAUAUUGUCGAUUUUGAGUUAUUAAUAAUGUGUGAAACGAUUUUAUUAAAGAGAUUUCUCCACAUUUUUAACAUGAAAUCUGUACCCAAAUUCUUGGUUAACGGCAAAGAAGUUUGUGGUCAACUUUCCCGCGAAAUGUCAAAUACUAUUCACAAUAGAAUUAAAAGAUAUUUAACAUUAGAAACAAGUAUUGAGUCUUUAAAUUCAAUGUUAAUUACAGAAAGUUUUGCUACAGUUUUUGAAUUUCAAGUGUUAAGAUCGGCAACAGAUGAGGAAACAGUAAAUUUGAAGACUAAAUGGCGUAAACUAUUAACUAAAUUAAUUGAUAUAUCUAUAAAUAAUUUGAAAAACAAAAUAUUGAAUGAAAGUUGUAUUAAAUUUUUGAUAUUACUUUGUGGUCACCGGAAAAAGUUGGCAAAUAUUUUACCCGAAGAUUUUAUAAUCAAUCUAUGGAUUACUCUAUGUCCACAAAAGAUUGAUAAAAAUGAUUUCGAAGAAAAGAUUAAUGAAAUUGAAUUAAUAGACAUUUUUAACGAUAGACAAGAUUUUGUUCAAAUCGUUGAAAACAUUAAUUCAAAUGAAAAACAAAAUAAAAUUGAGUUUCAAUUGCAUAUAAAACUUGCUAUUAUGAAGACUGUUCGCAAUAUUGUUCAUACAAUACCAUCGACUCACAAGUAUAUUGUUAUCUCAUCCAUCACUUUAUUUCAUGGUUUGGUCGAUCAUCUCAUGAAAAGUCUAAUGAUUGUUUCAAAUGAACAGAAAUUCAUAACAUAUGAGACCAAAGUGAGACACGAUUUGGAGAUUUGCUCUAAAAAUAUGGACCGACUAUUGACUCUAACGGCUUCAUUGGACACCAAUUAUUCAACUUUGGCCCCGCAUUUGGUGGCAUCAUAUGUGAACCAAAAGACCAUAUCUUUUAAACGCAUCAUUAUAUCAUGA